UUGCUUCUUCCAUUACCUCUCUCUCUCUCUCUCUCUCUCUCUCUCUCUCUCUCUCUAAGGCUUUUCAUUAACCCAAAAAGUCAGCGCCGUCCUUUGUGCAUCUCUUUUAUCUCCUUCUGUCUUAUGUUUCUCUUCUUCUCUCUUUCUUUCUGGUUCUCACUUCAAUUGGCCAGACACACUCUGAUACUGCGGGAAUUUACAGAUCUCUCUCUUUCCUCACACUAAAUGGCCGAAGACUGGGAUCUCUCCGCCGUCGUGCGAGGUUGCAGAUCAUCCUCUCUUGCCGCCAGUACCACCACCACCACUGCUAGUUCUACUUCUAUUACGUCGUCGUCGUCGUCUUCUUCUUCUUCUUCCAAGGUCAACGUUUCUUUACCAUUCAUCAAGCAAGAAAAUGACGUCCUCUCUUUUUCCAGUUUGGCACAAUCCAGAACCAAUGGGUUCCAAGAACUACACCAAUUGUUUAUACCCUUUAUCCCCACCACCACUAUCUCUACUAGUGCUUGUGGCAUCUAUCCCAAUUCCUCUUUUACUAAUUUUCCAGUAGCUGCAGGGUCCAGUAGCAGUGAAAAUGACAACAACAACAACAAUGAUAAUUGUAAUACUGCGCCACUUGUGGCAUCUGCUUCUUCUUACGCGUCCAAUAGUAGGCCUCAUUUUAUUCCACAAGCCUCAUCCCCCACUUCUUCUUCUGGCUUUCAAAAAUUCCAUGACCAAAAUCAACUACAACUAGUUCCUCAGAAACAGCAAUUUCAAAUACCACCAGGUCAGAUCAGUGGCGGCGGCGGUAGUAAUAAUAAUUCUGGUAUGACUUUACCUGCUCAAGCAACCAGAUCGAGAAAAAGAAAGAGUCAACAGAAAAGAAUGGUUUGCCAUGUCACAGCUGAAAACCUCACGGCGGAUUCGUGGGCGUGGAGAAAAUAUGGCCAAAAGCCCAUUAAAGGUUCUCCAUAUCCAAGGAACUAUUACAGAUGCAGCAGUUCAAAAGGUUGUGGGGCACGGAAGCAAGUAGAACGGAGCAAUACUGAACCAGAUAUGUUCAUCGUCACCUACACCGGAGAACACACGCAUCCCUUACCCACCCACCGGAACUCACUCGCCGGUAGUACCAGGAACAAACCAUCGACGACGACGACGAUGCGUCAACCCGACUCUCUUGAUGAAUCUGUUUCGCCUGGCAAUAAUACAGCAAACCGGGCAUUGUCAUCUUCACAGCUUUCUCCGACAACGCCUUUGACGGCGGUGGCGGCUAACGACGAGUGCGCUGACGAACCCAUGUUAAGCAACAAUGAAGCCACUAGCCCCUUUCCUGAAGAUGAGUUACCCUUGGACUCUCAUGAUGAAAUUUUGAUACCAAACAUGGCGGCCAUGAUGGAUAAGUUCUUGCUAGGUGCUGGCGACCUCCACGGAGGAAUCGGAAUUGGUGGCGGAGGGGAAAAUAGCACAAGUGGCAAUCUGGCGGAUGGGUCAUAUCCGAAUCCUGAACCCGGUUUGACUCCUAAUCUGCAAAAGCACUUCUCCCCCCUCAGCCGGUCUAGUCCUGGUUGAGCCAACCCGGUUCAGUGUUCGCUCUCACAACUCUGCUCCUCUCAAUCGUUUCAGUUUUCUGUCUUUUUUUAAUUUGUUAGGUUAGAUUCAACUGACAUACACAGUUUUUAUUUUCUUUUUUAUAUUUUUAUUAUCAGAUCUUUUUUUUAAAAAAAAAACUUACUAUAGCAUUAAUAAAAAGCUGAUAAUAAAAAUAUAAAAAAUUAGUUUUAUAUUGGUAAAGGAAAAGAUUCUUACAAGAGAUUCUGUUUUAUUUUUACCGCUCAUUAACGAGAGCCUUGUCGAGUUUUGCAGAUGAUUCGGAUCCUUGUCUAAGGGUUUUUUUGGUCCAA